AAAAAGAAAGACACAGAGUAGAAGGACGGAGAGACGCGCAAAGCGGCACACCGCAUCCAAACGAUCAAUUCUCCCGGACUCGAGCUCAUGUGCAGCCAUGAUGGCACUGUCAGCCCUCCAAAGUUUGACGCGACGUUUCUAGUCACAGUUGGGAUUACUUUGGACACUUGGUGAGUUUGCCUGACGCUGUAAACACUGACGUGUGUUUUUUUUCUGUUUCGAUCACUGCGUUGGACGGACGGAGAGGGUUUUUGCCGCGUCCUCCCCCCACUUGGGUGGAUUUGAGAGAAAUGAGUGAGAGGAGGCGAUCUGCCGCAGCUCUGAGCUCGAGAGCCCACGCUUUUUCCGUGGAAGCCCUGAUCGGCUCCAACAAGAAGAGGAAGCUGCGAGGCUGGGAGGAGAAGGAGCUGGAGUUGUCCAUGGAGAGCCUCGCCGCGGACGGAGAGGACCCGGCGCACUGUCUGGAUAUGGACCCGGACUCCGAGGCGAGUCCCGGCUCGGACGGAGAAGGUCUGGCCGAGAGAACGUCGUGCUCCUUCGGCUCACCUGACGACCUGGCUCCCGGCCCCUGCGAGCCUUCGCCCCCGGCCUCCAUGGAGGAGAUCCAGGUGGAGCUGCAGUGCGCAGACCUUUGGAAGCGUUUCCAUGACAUCGGGACAGAGAUGAUCAUCACUAAGGCGGGAAGGAGGAUGUUUCCUGCCAUGAGAGUGAAGAUCGCAGGUCUGGACCCUCAUCAGCAGUAUUACAUCGCCAUGGACAUCGUGCCCGUGGACAACAAGAGAUACAGGUACGUGUAUCACAGCUCCAAAUGGAUGGUGGCAGGAAACGCUGACUCCCCGGUGCCUCCGCGGGCUUACAUCCACCCGGACUCUCUGGCCUCAGGAGACACCUGGAUGAGACAGGUGGUCAGCUUCGACAAACUCAAACUGACCAACAACGAGCUGGACGACCAGGGACACAUCAUCCUGCACUCCAUGCACAAGUAUCAGCCUCGUGUUCACGUCAUCAGGAAGGACUUCAGCAGCGAACUGUCCCCCAACAAAUCAGUCCCCAGCGGAGAGGGCGUCAAGACCUUCAGCUUCCCUGAGACCGUCUUCACCACCGUCACCGCCUACCAGAACCAACAGAUCACCAGACUAAAGAUCGACCGCAACCCGUUCGCCAAAGGGUUCAGGGACUCUGGCAGAAACAGGACUGGGCUGGAGGCGAUCAUGGAGACUUAUGCUUUCUGGAGACCUCCAGUGAGGACCCUCACCUUUGAAGACUUCACCAACAUGCAGAAACAGCAAGGUGGAAGCACCGGCACUUCUCCCACCACCUCCAGCACAGGAACUCCCUCGCCUUCUGGCGCGGCUCACCUCCUCUCUCCCUCCUGCUCCCCACCCACCUUCCACCUCGCCCCCAACACCUUCAAUGUGGGCUGCAGGGAGAGUCAGCUCUGUAACCUGGGCCUGUCUGAGUACCCAGCCUGUGCCCGCAGCAACAUGGCCGCCCUGCAGGGCUACGGUGGCCUGGCUGACAGCUCUUACGGACGUCUCCAGGCUGCAGGGGGCGCUGUAGCCUCCGCUCAGCCCUCUGAAUCCUUCCUGCCGCAGAGGACUUCCUCUUUGAUUGCUGCUGGCAUGCAGGGCGGUGCGCACCCCUCCCUGACUGGCGGUGGGAGCAGUGGGAGCGCUGGAGGGAAGAUGGAUGCCUACAGCGGUCAGCUUGGCUCCUUUCCGGCGUCGCAGCUUCAGUAUGUGAUGCAGGCGGGAGGAGGCUCCAACUCUGGCUCCUCCUCCUCCGGAUCCUCCCCUUCCUCUGCCCACAUGUUCAGCGGGAGCCACCACCACGUGCAGCAGGGCUCCUACAACGCUUUCUCCCUGCACAACCCUUACAACCUGUACGGAUACAACUUCCCCACCUCCCCCCGCCUGGCCGCCAGCCCCGAGAAGCCUCAGGGAGGUCUGCUGUGCUCCUCGACUCCUGCCGGGGCCUUCGCUGAGCGUCAGUACCUGUCCAACGGAGGCAUGGACACUAUGCACAUGAUCGGCAACUCCUCUGGCGGCCAGCAGGGCAGCAGCUCCUGUGAUGGACGUCAGUAUGGCUCAUCCUCUCAGAUGUCCAUGCACAUGGUGUGAGGUAGAAAACGGGCAUCGAACCUCACAGUCCUCUAAAGUCUUUCAGCUGAAAAGCAAAUCUACAAAGCAGGUUUAGUGUUUUUACCAGAAGUGUUGAUGAACUGAGGUGCAAAACAAGCCUUUCAGAAAAGGAAAUCAUCUCAUGUUUUUUUGUUUUUUAAAGACACUCCACCACUUACAAAGCCUUAUACAGGGAGUCAAAACUAUUAUUUAAGUAUCUUUGUAUGACUAAAACGAAACAUUGUGACGGUAACUUCACUCUCUUAAAGUCUCCGACAGGAGAUAGACAACAAACUCAAACUGUAACUGUGAGUCAUAGGAGGUGGGAUUAUCAGUUUUGAAUAUGGUGCAAUAUACAACACUCAUUUCAAGAGACUCAUUCUUGUUUUUGUUUUUAAACUCAAACUGAUCGGGACAUGAUGAAACCAAAGAAUCUUCACUGUGAUCCAGAAGUCCGGACUCCACACAGAACUUGUGCCUUAUCGUUUUACAAGUGUCAGAGGGUCAACAGUGUGCUGAUACGGUCUGAAGCUGUGGCUGGAAAGAAAGGAACAACAUGGACAAGAUCAUAGCUCCACAAACACCCAGGAGAAGGAGUUUCACAAAGAUGUGGUUUCACUUAAUGUGCCAAACAGGGUUAAAUACAAGUGAACACGACUUCCUCCACCCCGUUAUCCUCACAGACUGGACAAGCUUCCCUAUUUUAGAGUGGAUUAAGUUUUUUAGGCAUAUAUAUAAAGAUGGCGAAUGCAAUCAAUAACAUAAGCUUAAAAGUUGUUGUGUGAAAAGUUAUUAAAGAAGCAAUAGCAAAGCAAAGUAAAUAAAGUAUGUUUUGGUGUGUUGUAGAGGUUGUGUAUUUAAGUGCUGAGCAGUAUAUCAAUUUUACAGCCAAUCUGGUAUAAAAAAUGUGUGAAAAAAAGGGAAAUGGAAAACUUUUUGAGACAUUUUGAAAAAAUGUAAAUACAGGUGCCAAGCACGUAAAAAAAAGCUCAAUAAAGGUUUUAAUUCAUGUACGAGGUUUUGUUUCUUCCUCUUGUCAAUCAGAUGGUGUU